CCGCCGCCGCACCGGCCUUGACCUCCAUUCCCCUUCCCCCGACCUACACCGCAGCCGCGAGUGCGCAUCGCGGCCGGUGGGCGCCGCCACGGCCCAAGGAGUAACCGGCAGCCACGCCCGAUGCCCAAGAUGCCCCGGCCGCAGCCCAGCAAGAAGGGAAAAUGGGGCGCGAUGCCGGCAGCCGAACAGUCAGGGAAGAAGAGGAAGGCGGGCACGGGUCGCGGCCAUGGGCUCGCAGGUACCGUCGACGAGUCGCCGCCGCAAUUCAUGCCGCCACCCGCACCUCCUACCGCUCCACCGUCACCCGCGUCGCCGGCAAGGGACGCUGACGGCCGAACCCCGGUGACGCUGACGGCCGCCCCUAAGGUGUUCGAUGGAAUGUCCGGAAGCUUCGACGAUGAUGAGUUCAUGGCAUUGGAGGUACCAUGGGUGGCAUGGGAGGCAUUGGAGGCACCAUGGGUGGAUUCAUGGCGUCCAUGGUUGCUCCCAUCCCUCCAUUUGGAGCUUCCACAAGUGGUUUCAAUGGAGGUAUCGUGGGUGAUGGAAUGGGUUCAUUCAAUGUUCCCAUCAAUGGAGGCAAUGAAGGCAAGGAAGGGGAGACACAAAAUGAUAUUUGAACUAUGUUUUGUGCUAUGUUUGAACUAUGACUUUGUGAUAUGUUUGAACUAUGUUUCCUGCUUGUGUGAACUACGUUUGUGAGUCGCUGACCUUUCAUAUGUGCUUGGGAUGGUGAAGCUAUGAUCUUGAAUUAUGCUACUCAUAUGCUUGUGUGAAUGACAUGUGAUCAUUUGUCAACUAUCUAGGUUCAUACGUUCAUCACAUGUGUGUGAAUUUGUAAAGUGUCAAGUGUUGCCAUAUGCGUGCCCUAUUUACAUCA